CUGAAUUUUUUACUCAUUUAUUAUAUGAUCUGGUGUGAUGGAACAGUGAAAAAUGCAUCAUGUCUCUACUUCUACUUUGGUCGUAACUUCUACGUAGGUUUAGUAACACCAGCUGGGAGUUGGCACCUGUGUUUGUUAGCCAGCCAGUGCCAAGUGGUGGUGGUGAUGGUGUUGGAGGGGCAGACAGUAUUAUGUGGUGGUGGCACGGUGGUGGUGUGGUGAAGCAGCCAAUAGUGUGGCGGUUGUGGUGGUUGUGAAGGGAGUAUGGUGGAUGUGUGGUAAUGGUGAGUGUGGUGGUGUAAGCAGUAAAGUGAUGGUUAUGGUGGUGUGGCGUGGUGGAUCAGACAGUGUAGUGUGGUCGUGGUUGUGGUGCGAUAGUUAAGCAGUAAUUGUUGCAUGGUUGGGUGUGGCGGAACACGCAGUUAAACAGUGGUAGUGGUGGUGAUGAUAGUGUGUUGACCUGCGCCUGGCCUGCCUAUGUGAACCAAAUCCUGGAGUGAUGUAGAGCAAACUGUGCAGUGAAAAUCUUAGGGAGGCUGCUGAUGAAGGAACGAAGUGAGCGAGGAAGAAGCUAACAGUGUAUUAAGGUUCCUUGGUCGGAGGCUGAGGCGGGAGGAGAGUCUGGUGGGGAGUCAACCGGGAAUGCCUCUCCCGUCCCCCUACCGUAACCCUGGUCGCUGGCGGGCCGUCGUGUUCCGUCAGGAGGUGCGCCACGGCACUGCUGGCUGCCUCCUGUCCCUGGUCCUCCUGGCGCCGCUGCUGGUGCGUGAGUGGGGACUCGCGCCCGUGGUGCUGGCGGUCGUCUUCUACAGCAGCGUGGUCGUCCCUGCUCUCACUGGCUACUUCUCCUUCCCUAAGCUGCUGCUCCGCCUCGCUCGGUCACUGGCUGGUGUGUUCCUCCGCCCGUCACUCUCCGCUCCCUACCAUGCCUUCGCGCACCUCAGCACAUGGGCGGCAUCGUUGCGGGCGUGGGCGGCGUGGACGGCGAGAGGCGUGGUGGUGGGUGUUAAGUUCGUGAUAAUCUGCGUGGUGCGGGCGUGCUUGGUGCUGCCGCUGUCCGUGUGCGUGGGCGUGGGCGUGCUGUGCCAUCAGACGUACUUGGCGCUGCACGGUGUGAGGAUUACGUGCAACCAGAUUGUAUUCUUCCUAAUGCUGCAGGAGGUGGUGACGCCCUGGGCUCACCUCACCGCCCUCUACUUCGUGCUCUUCUACACAGUGCUGCUCUACAUCUACAGGGCGCUCUUCGGACGGCAGUGGACGAGGGGUGUGCAGGUGGGGGGUCAGUCCCGGGACCUGGCGCGCCUGGCGGUGUGGUACAUCGCCACCAGGCUGGGCAGGGGCGUGGCCAUGUCCUUUGUGCUGGUCAUGUUCACUGUGCAGUUCACCCACGUGGAGCCUGACCUUGCCUUCAUCUCCGUCACCUUCCCCUACUACAUGCUCACCGCCCACCGAUGGUCAGGCCAGGAGCGCAUCGUGUCAUGGAUCCGCGCCCUUCGUCUGCCGCUGCUGGAGGAGGAGGAGGAUUUCUGGGUGCCGCUGGGGGCCUUGGCGCUCCCUGUGGCUGCGUCCCUGGGCGUGGGGGUGAUGGCAGCGCCCUCCCGUCCCUGGCUGGCGGUGGUGGGGUGUUACACUAACCUGCUGGUGCCCUGCCUGCUCAUAGCAAGGCGAGUGGCAGGCCGCGACUCGCCUCCUGCUAUGGUGCUGACUGCCUGCAGGAGAGCCACGCCAGAGGAGGUGGCAGAACGGCCCACCUGCCCCGUGUGCCUUGAUGAGAUGCGGCAGGCUCGAGUCACGCCCUGCCACCACCUGUACCACGCCGCCUGCCUCGCCUCCUGCCUCGCCCACUCAGUGCUCUGCCCUCUCUGUAAGCAGCCUAUCAUCACUGAGCCAUAAUCUCUCUCUCUCUCUCUCUCUCUCUCUCUCUCUUCUGUUAUUGGUUGUAAGGUUGAUUUUUUUUUAUAUACAUGAUAAAUUUUACCCUUUCAUCGCCUUUCACUGGCUGACUCUGUUGUUUGUUUGUUUCUUUUUUCUUCUUUUUUUCCAUUUUUUUUUUCAUUUCACUUGUUUGUUUUUCUUCCCUUAACUUGCAUUUUUUUUUUCUUCUAGUGCCUCAAAAUUUCUGCUUUUUCUUCCCACGACUCAGUUUCCGUUUCUCUUUUCAUGACUCAAACUUUCUCUUUCUUCUCUUCCCAAGAUAUGAGGUUUGUUUUUCCUCCUUCUUACGACUCUUAUUAUUUUUUUUCUUUUUAUCUUUUUCCCCCCGACUUAAACUUUGUUUUUCCUCCUCGCCACUUCAAAUUCUUUUAUUUUCUUUUUCCUAUUAUUUGAAAUUCGUUUUUUUUUUUUUUUUCACCUUCCUGCUUGAUGAAGUUUCUAUUUUUCCUCUUUUCCACGACUUAGUUUCUGUUUUCUUUCUUCCUACGAUUUGAAUUUAAAGACUACAGAGGAAUGAGGGUAUCAAGUAGGUCACAUGGUGGUAUUUGAUUGUGUACAGUAAUGCUGAAAGUUUGUUUUGAUAACCCAAGCUGAUAAGCAGGCUGUGGUGCUGGUAGUGGCGAUAUCAGUGCAACGCAGACUAGUGUGAUGGGAGACUAGUGUGUAGUAGUAGUAGUAGUAAUGGUGGUGGUGGUUGUGAUGGUAGUAGUAGUAGUAGGAGUAGCAGUAGUAGCAGUAGUAGCAGUAGUAGUAGUAGUAAUGUAGUAGUAGUUGUUGUUGUAGUAGUAGUAGUAGUAGUAGUAGUAGUAGUAGUAGGUAAAGCGUAGAAAUUAUUGAUGUAAGUUGUACGUACAUUAUGGCAAUAAACAUUAUUACUAUUA